AAAAAAAAAGCAUUGGCCACUCCUCUUACCUACUGCCAAGGCUAGAGAGCUUCAUUCUUCGAUUUCAGGGAUUGGAACCCUAACUCUUCUCCAGCACUAGCACAAACUCAAGCCGCACCCUCCUUGGCUCCUUCCAUCUUUGCCGACUGAUUGAUUGCAAGCUCUAAGAGGCGUUUCCAUUUUCGCUUCCCUCCUUUGCAUGCAACAUCUCUUUGCCGCUCCCUCCUCAACAUCUCUUUCUUGGUUGUUGAAGUCCAUUGUCAUUGGCAAGGUUUGUACUCUCCGAUCAGAGGGGAGCUGUUGCAGUGCUGGAUUUGGGAUUUCUUCGUCUAAGCUUGUUGCACUAUUUGGAUUAGUUGAGUGCAUAUAUCGAUGUUAGUAGGUGGUGCAAC